GCGACGCGGCCGGCCUUGAUGGUGGUGCAGGCAGAAUGUUAAGUUUAUUUUUUUCAGUUAAAAAAUGGAUGAAAUAGAGAGAUGCAUUCUUGUCAAACCUGAGGUUCAUGUUUAUAAAAUUCCUCCACGACAAAGUGCCCGAGGUUACAGAGCAGCGGAUUGGAAUCUUGCUGCUCCAGAUUGGACAGGCAGAAUGAGAGUAAUGGAGAAAAGUAAAACUGUAGUCCUCAAGCUAGAGGACAGAGGGAGUAAUGAUUUGUUUGCAGCUUGUCCUAUAGAUACAUAUUUAUGAUAUGCUUUAGAGGCUGUGACUGACAGUUCAAGAUACUUUGUGAUAAGGAUUGUUAAUGAUGUGACAAAGCAGAAUGCAUUUAUAGGGAUGGGGUUCGCGGACAGAUCGGACAGUUUUGAUUUAAAUGUUGCUUUGCAAGAUCAUUUCAAGCUUAUCAAGAAUGAGGAUAAAAUAUUACAGGAGGAUAAGUCUCCUGGACCUCUGUUAGACCUAGCGUUUAAGGAAGGGCAGACUAUUAAGGUUAAUAUCAGGGAUAUUAAUAACCCUGAUAAGGAGAAAACAAAACCCUUAAAGCCUAGGUAAUCCAUUUAGUUAAAAAAUCUGUGCAUUGUAUUCAUUCUAAACAUUAUAAUUGCAACUUGUUAUACAUCAAGUUGAAACUUGAUUUUUGGAGUAUGCAGUACACGGAGACAGACAGUAAAUAAACAAAUCAUAUUGGGCGUCAAGAAAAUAUAGGAUUUGAAGAUAAUUUUAUCCUUCGGUAAUUUAAAAGAAAAGAUCGUGAUGAACGAUUAUUUAAGGGCCUAAUGCAUUUUUAUUUAUCAGAAAAUACUUUUAGUUCUCUUUCUAAUUGUUUAUCAAAAAUUUAGUUUCUUCAUAUCUACAUUCAUGCAACAAACAGGUUAAAGCCAUUUUAGUCUUGAAUUUUGGGACACCCUGUAUUAAGUCUUAAACCAGACCUUAGACUUUCUUGUACUCCAAAAUAUCUAUCUAUCCCUUUCUUCAGUCUCUAGAAAAUACUAGGUAGUAUAUAUUUACUAAUCCGGUUUUGAAGAUGAGAAGAUAAGAUCAAUUUGUUAGAUAAAAGACGACCAAAAACUGUUGAAAAAUAAGCUAUAAACUGCGUUAAAAACACUUCACACAAAUGAGUAUGAUCAAAUAUUAAUUCAGUAUUGUUUGUAACAGUGCUUAGGA